AUGACAGACGCAACAUCAGCCAGUCCGCCACCACUACCGCUCUCGUCCAACGCCCACGAAGACAAAUCCUCUACGGUGAUUGGGGCUAUCAUCUUCUGUUUGGUAUGGUCAACUGUAAUGGUAGGCAUGCGCCUGUGGACGCGGGGCAAGAUGAUCAAGCAGCUUGGAAUAGAUGACUACGCCUGCAUCCUAGGCUUGCUCACGACAUGUGGAUCAGCCAUCGCCAUCGGCCACAUGACAACCUUUGGUCUGGGAAGGCACAUCUCGGUCAUGAAACAGAACGAUAUUCCCCUGUACCUUCGAGACUUUUACGUUUCCAUCGUGAUGUACUGCUGCGCCCUCCUCUUCCUCAAGCUCACGUUUCUCUUCCAAUACUACCGCGUUCUGGCUGUCCAGCAUAUGCGCAUCGUUUAUCUCGUCGCCAUUUUCAUCGUCGGGGGCUGGGCCCUCUCCCAAAUCCUGGUGGGCAUCUUCAUCUGCACUCCCAUCCGCGCGUUUUGGCUCGGGGUGCCCGAUAUCGAAGGUGCCACGUGUAUUCCAAACAUACCUCAAUGGUACAUCAAUGCCGCGGGCAAUAUCGUGACGGAUGUGGCUGUUUUUGCGCUGCCUUUGCCGGCUAUGUGGAAGUUGAAGCUGGCCAAAGGUCAGAAGUAUGUGCUGAUUGGCAUUUUCAGCUUGGGGUUCUUCACCGUCAUCAUCUCCAUGAUCCGGAUCAAAUAUCUUCAACUGCACGAAGACUUCCCCUGGGAAAACGUCACGUCCUCCCUCUGGUCCGUUGGCGAGCUGACCUCGGCUAUCACUUGCGCCUGCCUGCCUACCCUCCGCCCCUUCUUGGCGACCUACUUCCCCAGAUUGGCAUCGGCCAUUGGUGGUAGCAGGGCUCAUCCCACGGGCGCUAUGAGUGCCGGCGUUGCUGUUGAUGGAACCGGCCGCAUCCGAACAGUGGAUCCCGAAACGGGCGUUUACUACGUCGGCAGAGGACAGCACUCGCGCGCCCGCAGUGGCGCGAACAAAGGUGCGGCGGUAACGGUCGAGUAUUCUGACGGGACCGGUAGUGAGGUUGAGCUGUCGCCACAGCAGACGAAGGUCAGCCUAUUCGAGGCUCAUGUGAUCUACAAGUCGGAAAGUCUAGAUGGGGUCAGUACUGUCAGUAGGGACAUUCGAUGA